AUGAAAACAGUUCGUGCCCAGAAAUUUCCCAAAUACCUUCAACAGCACCGGCUGCAGAAAAUGCUCAGUCACUGAUACACUCUCCUUGAUCUUUCACUGGUGAUACAGCUCCUAAUGUUCUUCAAUCACAUGCUUGAGGAUAAGUAUAAUUAUUGGGUAAAUUUGGGUAUUUUUUUGGGUAAGGAUUAUUAUAUUGUUCUAUACUGUUUUAAAUGCCUGAUAAUUUUUAUAUAAAUUAUCAUCGAAAUUAGGCUAAAACAGGAUAUAAUCUGAUGAAAAAUAUUUUGCUUUAA